AGCAUUCAACGCUGGCUGUUUAGGCUGUAAGAUAGUAUAUAAAUUGUCAACCAUAGCAUACGCCUCUUACCUUAUUCCUUGAGACUUUUGACGCUGCUCGUUUAUAUUUUUUCCGAGCAAGGCCUACACACUCACCAUUUCGAUAAGACUCUAACACUAAUUAGCACAAGUUAGCACAUCAACAUACAGCCGCGUGACAACAAGUUAACCACAAUGGAGGCUGGCGACCUGGCCAUCGCAUACCGGCUUGGCAAGCGGCCAGCUUCGCCGACCAGCGGUGUCUCCGAUGGCAAGCCGGUUAAGCGUACCAAGGAUACUUCCGGCGAUCCGCCCCUCCAACACCAGCCGCAGCAGCCACUGGCACAUGGAGCAUACUCAAGAGCAAAGCGGCCAUUCAGCGACGACGCAAUGCACGGAGCGCCUCCGACCAAGGGCUCCGAAGGAGUGAACGGGGCCUCUGGGCGCGUUCAGGAAGCCCAGCACCAACAUGUACUGCAAGCGUCUGACGUGGAAAACAGCUUGGCCAGCAUGUCGGCUGCCCUCCGCUGGCGCAGCCCCGUCAAGCCGCACAAGCUGCCUCGUCUGCACGGGCCCGACCAGCUGCCGGGCCGUCCCACCGCCGUACGGGGUAUCGUGGACGUUGGGCGUGAUGCCGCAAAAGCGGAUGCGGAUGUUGGUGAUGAUGACGAUGCCAGCCCGCAGCGGGGCAACCGCAAGCAACACAGCAAAGCCCAGGAGAAGCAUCAGCAACAGCAGGAGGCCAGGACGACGCAGCAGCAGCAGCCACAGCAGCAGCGGGGACAACACGAAGGGGCGGCGUUGGGAGGGCCCUCUGCAGCUGCAGCUAUCCCCCAGCAGCAGCCACAGCCACAGCAGCAAGAAUGGGGGCGCUUGUUCAGCGCUUUGAGCCUGGGUGGAAGGGGCGGCCGCAGCAGUCAGCGAUCGGACCCUGUGUGGGGGGCUGCAAGCAGUAACCGAACGGCGGCGGGGAGCUCGGCACCCGCGUGCGGGCGUGCCGGCAUCAUGAUGCCAGGUCCCGAGCUGCAACCCAAGACCGGUGGGUCGCCUCCUGCGCAGGCACCGGGGGGCAGUGGCUGUUGCUUCCGGGCUGCGGCCCCGCUGCAGCAGCAGCAGCAGCCCUGCACUGGCCCUCCUGACGCCCACCCAGCCCUUUCCGUGUCAGUAGAUCGCCCUCACCCAGCGGUGGUUUGCUCAGCGGCUUGCAGCGAAGCCAUGGAUGCAAGUCCAGCUAAGAGGGCUGUGGGGGUGUGUGCCCAGGAAGAGGUGGAGGUGCAGAAGGCGCCGGAGGGAAGGCGGGUUACCCGGUCUUCCGGCGGGGGUGGCGGGUUCUUUGCUCAGGAGUACAGCCGCGUGCUUGGGAUCAUGGCAGGAAAGGGGCAUGCGUAGGGCGGGAGAAGAGCGGGGUUACAUGUAGUGAUGUAGAAGUGCGGGUUACAUGUAGGGUUGAGGGUCACCGGGGGGCCCUUUCUUCGGGUUGUCCGGGUUAUUGCCUGUAUUCUGCCGCUAUCGUUUGAACAAUUGUUUGUACGCCAUUGCGUGUGGACUUAUAGUGAAGAUGUGUAUCGCAAGCUACUAGGUCCUUGGGUUUGUUUCAUGGCUGUUGUUUGAUGGUUUGGAACUGUUUCCGUCCUGGCGCUCCGUGCGGACCUCAACAGGCGAUGUGCGAUGCCAUCAUCCAGCCUGAAGAAGUACCCGCUCCAUUUCCGGGAAUACGUGGAACGUGUAUCGUGAAUGCGGGCAUAUCGUUCACUUCACUUCGCACAAUGCGUGAUCGCAAGUACCAAUCGUACCGACAAUUCAAUCCCGUUCGAUUCUGGGGUGGUGCAAAUUGCCAGCGAAUGCACGCCGCUUACCGGGGCAUACAACCCAUGACGAACAUGCCGCCAAUGUGGCCCGUUGAUUACGUUGCGACUCUCUUUUGUUGACCGUUGAUAAUGUUUCGGUCCUCUUCGUACUAUUGGGUUGCGCAUUUCGUGACCCAAAUCAGCUUGUCGUCAGUAACUACGGUUCCAACUGUGUUGUAUUUAACCUUUGAUAUCUACUUUGUAUUUUUGUCAACUAAGUUAUGGGCAAUACGGUAUCGAAGACUGCCUCCGGUGUCUCACGGCGCCGGUUCCUUGAUUGUAUGUGCAACGUGCUGACCGGUGUGCAAUGGUAGUACUAUGAAUCUAUCUAUGAUGCAGAUGAUGAUUCACCACGUCCCUGCCCUCAUGGACAUGCACCUAGGCCCUCGCUUGUCCUCACACAAGACGAAAGUCACAGGAUAGCACUUGUGUAACAUUCCACAAUUCCACUGUGCUUCCGCCCUUGCCCUCACGUCUCAAAACUUACUCUGCUAAC